CAAACGGCUGAAAACCAAAGAGAGUAAUCACUAGGUACGGUUAAACUUUAUUUUUGACUUUUGUUCCAUUUGUUUACACGUGAUUAGUAAUUAAAAUAAACUAUAAUAUAAUGAGUGUUAAUAAUCGAAAGGUGGCUUAUAUAUGGGGAGAAAAUUUGAUUGAAUAUUGUGAUCGUUUACCAGCAGUCCUCAGUAGGGCAUCGUUAGUGCACAGCUUAAUAACAGCAUAUGGGCUUUUAAAUCACGUAAAAGUAGUUCGGUCCACGCCAGCUACAUACAGCGAUUUAAAGUUAUUCCAUUCAGAUUUAUAUCUUGAUCAUUUGAAGACAUUUGGUGAGAUUGAAGAAGAUUACAUGCCUACGGCUGAAGAUGAAGAGUAUGGUCUAGGAUAUGAUUGUCCACCUAUAUCGGAUGCAUAUAAUGCUGUCGCAACAAUUGCUGGUAGUUCUGUAACUGCAGCAAAGUGUCUUCUUCUAAAUAUCGCUGAUGUGGCUAUAAAUUGGUGCGGUGGAUGGCACCAUGCUCAUAGAUUUGGUGCGGAAGGAUUUUGUUAUGUGAAUGAUAUAGUCAUUGCUAUUGAGAAACUAAGAUUAAAGUACCCAGAUGUACUUUAUGUCGAUUUGGAUGUACAUCAUGGUAAUGGUGUUCAAGAUGCCUAUAAUUUGAGUAAAUCUGUAUUUACAUUAUCAUUUCACAAAAGUGAACCAGGUUUCUAUCCUGGCACAGGAUUUGUAGAAGAUGUAGGUACAUUAAAAGGAAAAGGCUAUAUGUGUAAUUUUCCACUACAAGCAUUCUAUUCUGAUGAGACUUUUGAAUAUGUUUUUGAUAAUGUAUUUACCAUGGUAUACUCAUGCUUCAUGCCUGAUGCGAUAGUAGUCCAGUGUGGGGCAGAUGCUCUGGCUCACGACCCUCUUGGGGGUGCAGGACUCACCUUGAAAGGCUAUUGUUUGUGCAUUCAAAAAAUUCUUGAUAAACGAAAACCUACUUUGAUAUUAGGAGGAGGAGGGUAUAACCAUAUAAAUGCAGCAAAACUUUGGACUACAAUCACAGGUCUUGUGACAGGAAUCCAGUUGGAUGAAACAAUACCUGAGCAUGAUUUUUGGCCAAAAUAUGGACCUGAUUACACAUUAUCAGUGCAACCAUUGUUGUGUAAAGAUAAAAACACUAAAGAGUAUAUUUUGCAUACCAUAUCUAUAAUAAAAGAAAAUCUAGGGAAAUAUUUACAACCAGAGGAUAUUGUAGAGCCAUUAGUAAAGAAGCAAAGAACUGAUGGGGAAGACGACUGUAAACAUAUAACCAAUUCAAUCAUUUUGAAAUGUAAACUGGACUCAAACUCUGAGAAUAAUGAAGUAGAAGCUAUGGAUGUUCAGUAUCAACUACCCAAAAAAUCUAUUGAUAUUUAUGAGUUCUUUGAAUAAAAAUGAUAAUAUU